GCGUCUGACCCACGAACGAGCCUGUGGUGUCGGGAGCGCGCAGCAAUCAUGCCUCAUCCGUCGCUCGCCUCACCAGUGUCGGAAAAUAGAAGAAAUUCGUCUUUUACCUAAAAUUACCCGGUCUUUUAGCGCUCGUGCUGUCGCGCUACCGCCCGCAUCGUGGUGAAGAAGCUGCAUUUUUUAUCCAAACUCGUCGAUAAUUUGUCACCCCCCCCCGUCAAUGAGUCAAAGAGGGCAACAAGAUACAAGAGGAAUACAGCUGUGGUAAUGUGGUGUUUCAGGGCUCAUCCUUCAUUUCGCAGGUCAUUCCUUUAACUUGAUGCUGUAGACACUCCUGACGCUGCUCAGUUUGGGGGAUGUAAACGCUGGGAAGCCACUUUAACGGACCUGAACUGAUGUGACUCAACGAGAGUGUUUUCAUUUCCCCCGGAACAAUGAGCCGUUAGGAGCCUAAACGUCUUGUGAAAGUCUCAGGCUUGUAAGGGAACUGGCCCGGCAAUUCCAUCCUCUCCCUCUAACAUCCCAUUGUGUCGCACCACUACCAUGUCCUUUGCCUGCUGUGCCCAUCCCAUGGAGAGUGCACGCCUACCCAGAUAGGAUGCCUGCCUUGCCCGAUGCCCUGCAUCCCCUCCUGCCCAUCACCACCUCCUCCUUCUCCUCGCGUGUACCUGCUCUUGCCAACAGUUCCUUGCGGCCCUACAGGCUCCGCCCUGCUCCAACAUGGUGGAUGAGGUAACCACCAUGAAGGAUGAUGUCAUCAACGCCAACACGCUGGCUUGGCUGGUCUGUUCGGGCGUGUCCAUCCUGGCCAACACUUGGAGCAUCCUUAGCGUCAGUGCCAAGCAGAAAAAGUGGAAACCGCUGGAGUUUCUCAUCUGCACGCUCGCGGGCACGCACAUCCUCAACAUGGCCAUCCCCAUCACUAUGUACUGUGUCAUAACGCUGCGCCGUCAGCACUCCAACUACGAGUGGAACGAGGGUCUGUGCAAGGUGUUUGUCUCCACCUUCUACACUCUCACAUUGGUCACCUGCUUCUCCGUCACCUCGCUCUCUUAUCACCGCAUGUGGAUGGUACGCUGGCCUGUAAACUACAGGUUGAGUAACACCAAGAAGCAGGCAGUGCACACAGUGAUGGGCAUCUGGAUGGUCUCUUUCAUCCUGUCCACGCUUCCAGCAGUGGGCUGGCACGACACCAUUGACCGCUUCUACACCUCUGACUGCCGAUUCAUUGUGACAGAGAUUGGUCUGGGCUUCGGCGUGUGCUUUCUGCUGCUGAUCGGUGGUAGCGUGGCCAUGGGUGUGAUUUGCAUUGGCAUCGCUCUCUUCCAGACCUUCUCCAUUCAGGCGGGCCACAAUGCGGACAAGAACAAGUUCAACGUCCCCACCAUAGUGGUGGAGGACGCCCAGGGGAAACGCAGAUCAUCCAUCGAUGGAUCAGAGCCUCUGAAGACGUCACUGCAGAUCACCUACCUGAUCAGUGGUAUCGUCUUCAUCUACGACUUUCUGACUGGCUUCCCCAUACUGGUGGUAAGCUUUGCUAGUCUGAAGUUUGACCGCUCCUACAACUGGAUGGUGUUGUGUGUGCUGUGGUGCUCCAUUGCCCAGUCCAUCCUGCUGCCCAUGUUCCUCUGGGCUUGUGACCGCUAUCGGGCUGACAUACGCAUGGUGUGGGAGAAGUGCGUUGCCAUCAUGUCCAACGACGACGUGGAUGAGGAAAACAGCCAAGAUGGAGGAAUUCAUGCCGACUUAAUAUAUGACAGACCAUAUGACUAUAGCUCGGCGCCUGAAAUCGUGACCGUAGACCGUAAUGCCAAGUAUGAGUUCUCAACCUUAGAAAGGGGGGUUCCGCAAGGGUAUCCAUUGAGGGAACAACAGGAAGAUAAAAUGCAGUAUUUGCAGGUGCCCCCUACAAGAAGAUACUCCCACGACGAAACCGACAUGUGGACCAGCGACCGGAUCCCCUCAUACCUUCACCGAUGGGGCUCCACCGAGGACAUGAUAGUGAGUGCCCACUACAGCUCCACCUUGCCGCGCCACGAGAGGCGCAGGAACAGCCUGGUCUCCUACCACGAGGAGAGCCACCAUCACCAUCACCCGCACCGCAAGCGGCGACGCUCUGAAGAUAGUAUGCACUCCCUCAAGCACCUGCCACGCGCGGUUUGUGGCGGGGAACACUAUGAGGACGAACUGCGGUGCUUCAGCCGCGAUGAGGUGAUUAACUUUAUAGAUGAGACGCCGCUGCCGAGCCCCAGGAAGAGCCCGCGGCGCACAUCCACCAUCUCACUUAUCCCCAAUGUGUAUGAACAGCACAUAGUCAUCCUCCCUCACUUCCCGCUCACAGACUUUGAGCGUGAGCCUCAAGUGCUCAGGCGGCUCUCAGAACACAAAAGGAGCAGUAGUCGGGGCAACUCGCCUGAGGGUUCCCCCAAACCAGACAGACCUGCUGGAAAGAAGAGCCCCGGGGCUUGUGGCUCUGGUAAAGGCUGCCGGGAGCACCCGCGAGACGGGAAACAGCAGUGUGAAGUGGGCUCACCUGGGCGCAGCCAGCAGACUCCAGGGCAGCCUGCCUGUAGGCCCAGGACAGGCGGUGGAGGCCGGGCUGGUGCUGGAGCUGACUGGGGGCAUCAGAAGCACCUGAGCAAGGCUGAGAGUAAAGGAAGCACUAACAGUUUUGUAAGCACACCCUCAGCAUCGUCCUCGGGAUACAUCACCUUUCACUCCGAUUCUGUCGGCUCCACCACCUAAAAGCAAAGUUUUCCCUUGUUAAUAUCAACAUUAUUACUGAAGUUAUUAUCAUACUGAAACCCACUGGAAUAUUGGUGGUUAUGGGGAAGUGACAUAGGUACUGGAUUAUUUGACCUUUUUACUUGUGCCACUAUUCUGUUUUACUAGCCUAUAUUUACCACCAAUAAAUAUCUGUUAUGCUAAAUGGCCUUGGGAGCUUUGGACAUAAUUUGUGAAUGGGGCUAAUGUUGAUUUUAGAUGUUGGCUGGUGAAAAGGUUGGGUAGUCCUGUUAUUCAACUUUCACAUCACAAAAUAUCCGCUGAGGACACUUUUUUUUCCAGCACUGGCACAAAUAAACUGUUUUUAAAUGGCGUGAACAUUCCCACACCUUGUUUUUGCUGUUUGAUGUUGUUUCUUAUGAAAUGCUCAAAUAAUUGGAGGAGGUAGUUAUUAGGGUGGUGGUUUUUCUUUCAGUUUCUGUUCCCCCCCCUUUUUUUUUCAAAUUGUAUUUUUUUUGGCCUGCAGUGGCUGUGUGUUUUGUUGUAUGGACACAUUUGCUUUCAAACCAAACCUUAAGAAUAUGACACAUUAUACAUAUUUAUUUUAUUUUGAUCAUGAUGUACAACUUUUCUAUUAACAUUAUUAUUAAAAAGACAUGAAAAGCUUUUUUCAAGCACCCUAUGUUGAAGUAAACUGAGAGUGGUAAUCCCAAACUCUUGAAUGCCUAAUAGUUUUACAGUUACUGUGUGAGAUAUCGAGAUAUAACGUGAAGACCCCUAAAUUCUUAAUGAAAAUGUGAAGUCAGUUUGAAGAUUGACAUGUCAUGUAUAUAUGAAGGAUAUUGGAUUUAUGGUUUUGGUGUUCUUUUUUGUUUAAUGAGACCUUUGCUUAGAACAUUUCCUCCCAAUUCUUAUUAUUCCAAUGUUUGUGUUUACUUAAGAGCUCAUCAGCCACAGCAGUUGCUCACCACAUUACAUAUUUACAUACAUCAGACGAAUGCAGCUGGAAAUGUGUUAGAAAGCACCCAUAGUGAUUUUCUAAAAGCCAAUGAAGAGGGAACGUCUAAAAGAUGUCAAAUGGCCCAAAAGUUGAAUAAUCACAGCCUUCAGGCUGACUAGAUGUAGCAUAACUUAAACGCUAGUGUCAUACUAAAAUCCAUAAAUAUGUUAGCACAAAUUAGGAACAUUGUGAAUAGAAUGGAAAUGGAGUAUAAUGUCAAUUAACAGACACUGUAUUUGAUGUUUGUAUGUUCUCUCAUAACAUGCACUAAGACUGCUAAUGGUCUUAUUCUGGGAGGUUUUUUAGUGUGAAGUGACUUUUUUAACACCCAAUUUAUCUAAGCCCCAUGAAGUAAUGUAAAUUCAAUGUGAGCAUCCCCAGAGCUUCAGUGUGGGAUGCUGUGGGAAAAUUAAAGUUUAUAUUUAGUAAUUUUCUAUAAAUAUGUAUUUGGAGAGAGAAUGUGAUGAUUUCACAUCAUAGCAAAGUAUAAAAGGUCAAGGACAAAAAUAGUAUUAUGCCUUUUAAUGCCCCACGAUUUUGAGAAAUUCUCACUUAGCACCCUCACUCAAAAUAGACGCAAGUUAACUGUUAAAUUAAUGAAGAACUUCUGAUGUUUACCAAAUGUGACAAUAUGCUGACUAAAAGGAGUGAAAGCUCUUCUACUGACAAAUAAUAGCAGUACUAACUUUGGGCUUUGACCUCUCAUGGGCAGUAACUGCUAACAUGAAUGUAUUUGCACAAAUUAGCUGUAAGUUUUCAAAAGAAUUAUUAAGAGUAUAAGGACAGUAUGAAAUGAAAAUAUCCCUUUUGACAGCCUUAUGGGGUUGUGAAACUUUUUUGCUAUUACCAUCCAAGUUAUAAAGUUGCACAUGUUUGGCAUAUACAUUUUCACUCAUCUGCGGUCCUUUAAAUGUUAGUUUGAAUUCUCAUGUAUUAGUGUACCUCUCACACACUGCUUUUCCAUUGGCCAAAUGAACUGAAAUGUAUCUUUCUUUGGAAGCAUAACAUCACAUUUCCCUGUCAGACUUUGCUAUGUCAUAGAUUUUUGCAUUUUGUUGUGUUUACAAUAUUAAAAUAUAAUUUUGUAACAUAUUCAAAGAUUUAUGACUGAAAUAUGAAUGAUGUUAAAUGUUAUGAUUUUCUUGUUCAGGUGAUGACUUUGUUAAAAAGAUAUGACUGAUUAAAUUCACAAGAUGAUG